GCGAUAGCGAUGAGCCAACUGGGCACCGUCUACGCGACGAAGCGUAGGCGACGCAAUGGCAAAAGUUUAAAGCCGCCGCCCAAGGACGGCGUCACCAAAAGUAAUCCAUCGAAACGUCAUCGCGAACGCCUCAACGCCGAAUUGGAUUUGUUGGCGUCGUUGCUGCCAUUCGAACAAAAUAUUCUCAGCAAAUUGGAUCGACUGAGCAUUUUAAGGCUGUCUGUUAGUUAUUUAAGAACAAAAAGUUACUUUCAAGUUGUUAUGCAUAAGGAUAAGGAGGAAAAUGGCAUGUUGCCACACAUACACACACACGCACAUGACGGCUAUCGAACGCGCGAAUUGGGCGCUUUCGAACAUGGCCUACUCGACGGUGAUAUGUUCCUGCAGGCCUUAAAUGGAUUUCUAAUGAUUCUGACAUGCGAAGGCGAGGUCUUCUUUGCCACGCACAGCAUCGAGAGCUAUUUGGGUUUUCAUCAGUCGGACAUCGUGCAUCAGUCCGUUUACGAACUAGUCCAUUCCGAAGAUCGUGAAGAGCUGCAGCGACAGUUGUUGUGGAACUCUUUCCUACCCGCCGAUAUGUCCACCAUACAGUUGACCGAUACGUUAGCGCCCGAUAAGGCGCUCUAUCUGGAGCGUAGCUUCACUGUGCGAUUUCGUUGCUUGCUCGAUAACACUUCCGGUUUUCUGCGGCUAGACAUACGUGGACGCAUCAAGAUUUUACAUGGUCAAAAUCGCAAAACAGAAGAGCCACCACUGGCAUUGUUUGCCUAUUGCACACCCUUCGGACCGCCCAGUCUACUGGAGAUACCGCACAAGGAGAAUAUGUUCAAGUCAAAGCAUAAAUUGGAUUUCUCACUUGUCUCCAUGGAUCAACGGGGUAAGCACGUUUUGGGUUACUCGGAUGCAGAACUAGUCAAUAUGGGCGGCUACGAUUUGGUGCACUACGAUGACUUGGCUUACGUGGCCAGUGCGCAUCAGGAAUUACUGAAAACGGGUGCUUCCGGAAUGAUCGCAUACCGAUAUCAAAAGAAGAAUGGCGAAUGGCAAUGGCUGCAAACGAGCUCACGCCUAGUCUACAAAAAUUCCAAACCCGACUUUGUGAUCUGUACUCAUCGGCAGCUGAUGGACGAGGAGGGACACGAUUUGUUUGGCAAACGGACAAUGGACUUCAAAGUGAGUUACUUGGAUACCGGACUGGCAUCUACCUACUUCUCAGAGGCAGAUCAGUUAGUCGUGCCGCCAAGUACUUCACCAAAUGUGCUGCCUCCGCCAGUCACACCAACGCGGCCAAAUCGACGCUAUAAAACACAACUGCGUGACUUUCUCUCCACUUGUCGGACGAAACGUAAAAUGCAGCAGCAACCACAACAGACAUCGCCGCUAGGGCAGGUCACCUCGCCUGCGCCCGUAGUCGAAUACCUGCCUGACCCCGCUGUGGCUGUCGCCGCCGCCUAUUCCAAUCUGAAUCCCAUGUACACCACCUCGCCCUAUGCGACCGCCGCGGAUAACAUCUACAUGGGCACCUCAGUGCAUUCGACCAAUUUCUAUCCCGUUACCGAGAAUCUCUUCCAUCAGUAUCGACUGCAGGGCGUGAGCAGCUACUACACGGACUAUCACCAUUCCGGUGCGCCCACUUCAGCUUAUGUGACAAAUGGCUUCCUGCCCUACGAUGGCUAUACGAUUGCGCCUAAAGACGACAAGUGGCAGGAUACGGGGAAAUAUUAUAGCGGCUAUAGUAGCGGGUAUGGCAGUCCCACAUCGACGCCACAGCAAGUUCCACUGAAGACGCCGAAAUCUUCACCGCACAUCAUGGAAGUGGUGUCAUGUUCAUCAGAUGGACCCUCACCAAUAGAUGGCAGCGCUGCUGCUGCUGCCGCCGCCGCCGCUGCCGCUGCUGCCUCUGCGCAUGCGGCCAAUGUGAACAGCAAUGCGAAUGUAACAACGAAUGGUGGUAAUGGCGGUGGUGGCGGCAGUGUAACGCCAAAACUCGAAAUGGCGCCAACACAACAGGAUCCCUACGAGCGGCAGACGGUAUUGAUGUGGGGUUCACAGUCUAGUGGCAUACCGAUAAACAGCAUCGGCGGCGGCAGCAGUAGACGCCACCAUAGCAACGCCGAACGAUCGCCACAGAGUACGCCACUCACCAAUGGACUCAGCUAUGCCAAUAAUAACAACAAUAACGAAAAUGAGGUGGUGAGCGCAAAGUGGAAUGGCAGCGCAAGCGCCAAAGAAAGCAAAAAUGCCGCCACUCCAGAUAAUUAUCAGCUCCAGCACGAUGACUCUGGUCUAUAUUCUUCUUCCUCGCACACAACUUCGCCGCAGCAGCAGCAGCAGGUGGCACCUCCAACCCAACAACAAUCAACACGAUCAACACAACGUCCCAGCGGCAACUCGGUGGCUGAUCAACAACUUCCUAAUACCACUGCCACGCACUUGACGCACCCGCAAUCCCAACAGCACCACCUACACACCCAUGCGCACGGUCACGGUCAUAUGCAGCACGCGGGUGGUGGAAGUGUCAGUGCCUCUAAUGCCUCCUCUGCCAUCAUACCGCUGCACAUGCACUCAGCGUCAGCAGACGCAGAUUCAGCGCCAGCGCCCGCAUCAGCAACCGCAGUAGCGGCGGCGGCGGCAGCAGCUGCAGCUGCGUCGGCAGCACAUCAACACGCACAAUCACAGCACGCAGCGGCGGCGGCAGCUCACCAUCACGCUCAUCAUCAUGCCCACGCGCACGCCCAUACGCAUGCACAUGCGGCACACGCGCACGCGCAUGCUCACGCUCACUCUCAUCACCAUCACCAUCACGCGCAUGCGCAUACGCACGCUGCUCAUGUAGCAGCGAAUGGCAGCGAGAUAUUGCUCAGCCAUCAACAACAGCAACAAUUGGAGCAGCAGCAGCAACAGCAGCUGGAACUGCAGCAACUCAGCUAUGCCAGCCAAUUGCAAACACUACCCAAUUGCAAUUCCACAGCAUCCACCAGCUCAUCGCCCACCUGCCACUCACCCAAUGGCGGAAGUGGUGCAGCAACAGUUGCCGUCGCUGCAGCCGCCACCGCCGGUCAAAUAGCGCUGCUAAAUGGCAGCAGCAAUCACAGUGAAACAGAUAUCGCAAAUGAAGCCACCGCUGCGUACCAUCAUCAUCAUCAGCUGACCAUCAUAGCACCAAUAGUAAUUACACCCGCGUCGAUGGUGAAUGGUGAGGACGCGCUGCCUUUGAGCACUGCGUUGCAGCCCAUACAUGCCAGCGAAGUGAGGACCACAUCAAUAGCAUCGGCGCUCAAUGGUAUUGAUGUGAACAGCGGCGCACUGCGCCACAAUCUGACGCAUCACUCCGCCACUCAGCCUCAUUCCGCACAUCUGUUGUCACACACGGCGCUGACCUAUGCGUCAAAUGCGGCCACAGCGACGUACUUGAUUAGCGGCAGUGGCGGCCCGGCGGUGAUUGGAGGUAGCAGCAGUGUCGGUAAUGGCAGUAUUGGUAGCAACAUCAACGAUCACAUAACGGCAAAUGGGAAUCCAUUGUGUUCCUUUUCGGAAGUGACCAACACGCUGCUGAAUCAAUAG